UCGGCAAUCAGUUCUCAUUUCCGUUAAGAUCGCACAACAUACGCUUUGAGAUGAAGUUCGUCGCCAUUCUUCUGUUGAGCAGCCUGACCAUUGCGAUGGUUACAGCAUUUCCUGAUAACGACGACAAAAAUCGUAUUGUGCGAAGUGUUCCGGUGCCUGUUUUUAAAUUGGCCCCACCAGCAUCCGAUUCAUCCUCAGAUCCAUCGGAAUCGCCAGACGUGGUCUUUAACAGCAUACGCCGGCCUCGUCAUCUCCUGAGCAAACUCUUUCAGCCAACCGUGGUGGUUCAGCCGGUGAUCGUAGAGCCUCAGUUGCCUCGACAAUUUCCCGCAUACUCCCCCCAGCCCUAUCCCACAUAUAAUGCCCCCUACCCGUACUUCGCACAGGGCAAGGGCUCCUGGUAGAUUGUGCUUUAAAACAUUUAUUUGUAGAAAAUUUAAUAAAAAUAAAGACGAUUUGCCUUUUAGUCAAA